UGCUCUACGUAGACGGCUGCGAGAAUUGCCGCAGGUUGCGCCAGAGGCGUACGCAGUAGGACUUUGUCCCCGCCUCUCCCCCGGUGCCGGCACGGAAGCUCCGCGGUCCUGUCCCGCCGCCAUGGCCUCCCCGGGGCCGGUACGGCUCCUUCGGGCCGCCGCCGCCUCCUCCCGCCGCUGGCUUUUCUCCGCCUCGCCGGCAGCCGGGACAUGGCCAGGCUGCGGCAGCGCCGCCGCUGCCGUGAGGGCAGUCCGGCCGUUCGGCCUCUCUGCCCGGGCGGUGCUCAGCUCAGAAGAUAAAAUCACUGUUCAUUUCAUAAAUCGUGAUGGUGACAAACUAACAGCCAAAGGAAAACCGGGGGAUUCACUGCUGGAUGUUGUUGUUAAUAAUAAUCUAGACAUAGAUGGGUUUGGUGCAUGUGAAGGAACGCUAGCCUGCUCAACUUGUCAUUUAAUCUUUGAAGACCACAUAUUUGAGAAACUAGAUGCAAUUACUGAUGAAGAGAUGGACAUGCUGGACCUGGCAUAUGGCCUCACAGAAACAAUCACAGAAGGGUUGAGGUUGGAGGGGACCUCUUGAGGUCAUCUGGGUCAACCCCCUGCUCAAGCAGGGCCACCUAGAGCCGAUAUCCAGGACCAUGUCCAGACAGCUUUUGAAUAUCUCCAAGGAUGGAGACUCCACAGCCUCUCUGGUAUUUAUGUGCAUUGAUAAGAUCCUUUCACCAAGCCGUCUCCAGGAUAAAUGGUGUCACACGUGGCAGUGUCACCACUUGUCAUACUUUGGCUCAUAUCAGAGUACUCUUGGUGCAUACAAGCCAGAUUCCCUAUUGGGUAAAACUAAAGCGUUCUCUUAACUGCUAAUGCAGUGUUGCACAUUGGACUAGUGAUAGUCUAAAGUAAGCCUCUGUUCUGUAUCUCCCACCAUCAUAUGCGUUGUAAUUACGGUGUCAAAUCCUCAUCUAUUCUUAGUGCUCUCCACUACUUGUACAUGUAGUUUGUAUUGUAGAACAUACCUACAUGAAGAGUAAGUAGCUAUGCCUUACAAGGUUUCAUAAGCCUUUCCCUUCAUGUUUCAAUGCAAUUGCUUAUCAAAGUAUUUUAGAAUUUUCCCAUGAUGUCAGAGGGCCUUAUACCUGGCCUGUAUAGCAUAGUUUGUUUUUUUUAUGUCCCUGCAAAGUAGUACUCUGAAUUAACUUGUUUAUCUCCUUAUACCAGUAAUGGAAUCCUGUAUCAAUUGUUUCUACACAACAGUAUGUUUAUUCUCACUUCAGCCAAAUAUUAACUUUUCUGGGAGGUUGUAAAGGCAAAGAAGUUAAGCCAUGAGAAACUUGUUUCAGCUUCUUUUGUUUUCUCCUUUUUUCUGUCUCCCAAAAAAAAAAACAUUUUCAAUUUUGAAAAUAAUGGUCUAUUAAGUGUGAAUUUAUGUCACUCUUACCAUCUACCAUAAUUCUUCUCAGAGUCACUUUCAGAUUCUGCACCAAACUGAUUCCUAAAUAACUCUGGAGGCCAGCAAUCUAAUGAAAAACUUUUUUAUUUGGCUAUCUUUUAAUUAAAUAUUUAAAUCAAGGAAUUUUUACUGAAGAACUGAAACAGUAGAAAGAGCUGUUUAAAUACUUUUUCUCUCAAAGUUCUUCAGACGACAUUAAGUUUUUAGACCUUUUGAAGACACUUGUUACUUCCAUCAGGUUUUCCUAACAACACAUGUUCUUCCUAUGGCCAGGGUUCUUUCAUAUGUGUGAAAAGCCUUGGAAGACGGAGCUUUAAGUGACUGAUACUUGCUAUAGGUUACCUGGUCUCCUGCGCUGAUAUGAACGUGUGUAAUGGAGAUGCACUACUAUGCUCUGUCAUAAAUGAUAGAAGUUUAUUCUUGUCAGUGACUGUAUUUGGGGAAGUUUCAGCUAGCAGCUGCCAUGGAAGCUCAUGGUUUUUAAAACAAGGGACUAAAUAAAAAGGUUAAAAGGAAAUGGUUUUGAGUAACUGCAGAACAGUAAAGAUAUUAAGAGUGAGGGGGUGCAAACCCUAUUAUGUUAAAUGUUUCAAAAGAAUACUGAACUAAAAAAUGAGAAACAGCUUGCUAAAUAGUAGAAAAUCAGUUUUGUUUUUAACCUGUCAGAAGCAGGAAGUUUGUCUACAUGAAGAGCCAAUGGGUGAUGCAGAAUUGCACUUAAAAUAUAAAAAGAUGAUGAUGUAAAAGCAGUUUCUUUGGCAUUGCUGUCUCUAGAGAUGUUACAGGAUAUCUAUGCACUGGAAGAUUUCUUUGGAGAGGGCUUCCUGGAGUAUUGCAGCAAAUACGAGUAAAUACAGUAAAAUGAGUAAUGACAAAUGGUAAUGAGUAGGUAGCAUUCACCCAGGAGUUCUGCAGAAGUUCAUGAUGACAUUUCUGAACUUUUGUCUGAAAGGCUUAAUUAGGUGGUUUAAAACUGCUCCCACAUCAAAGUAAUGGAAGGUAGCAACCCAACUUUUAAAAUGAGAUCAUCAGAACUGGAGAACAGUGAGUCUGAUUCCAUACUGGACAUGUUAAUCAUGGGCGUAUGAACUGUUGCUUCUUUAUGAUUUCUAGCACAUAAUUAUAAGGAAAGAAUUCAAAAAAGCUUUUGUAGACGGAUGUAAUGGAUAUGGGAGUUCAGAUGAGUCACUGAGUAUGAAAAAAUAAAAUCUUACGGUUCAUGUAGUUUACUUAGGUUCAGAAAUUCUUUACUAAGGUUGAAUUGAAAUGGGUAAGAGCAAAGGCCCUGUAAAGGAGAAGUAAUUGAUUAAUAAACAGUUGUCUUUUAACAAGGUAAGAAUAUGUGAUCUAAAAAUGAUUGGUACUAGGUUUUAUGUAGUGAGUGUUUUUGUGAGACUUGGGAAGAGAGAAUGAAGAAUAAAGUUUGUGUAUAGUGCUAUGUUACUCAGUGUGGUAAAAUCAGAAACUGUCAGUGAUCCAUACACAAGGAUCUUGUGCUGUUGAGUGACAGGAAACAAAGUUUGGUGUUAAAAGCUGCAGAUAAACGCACAUGGAGAGGUGGGUAGAACAAUGGUAACCAUGUGGACUUGAAAUACGCUGCCAGCUAGCUAGCAUCUUACAGGAAUG